GGUGGUGCUUAUGUUCUGCCACGUGUCAUUUCAAUCUAGGUUGACGACAAUGCAUAUGGCCGCUAUGGAAGGACACGUGGAGGCUGUCAGAGCUCUCAUGCAUCUUCAACAAACAGACACAUCGAAGAUGUCAUCCAACGGCUGGGAUGCAUUGACUUGGGCCUGUGCCGGGGGCCACAUGGAGGUUGUCCAGGCUCUGCUGGAUGGAGGGGCAGAUGUGGAAGGAGGGAUGAUUGCAGCACCAAAGACAGGAGAACAGGAGGAGAAGAAGAAGAAGAAAAAGAAGAAGAAGGUGACGAGGAUGGCGGCUAUGGCGAUGAGCGCGGACACGAAGAAGACGAAGAAGAAGCAAGGAGGAGGUCGAAGCUUGGAGUCGUCGUGCUCCGUGGUGGGAAACAGCUCAGCUACGGAGAACGGUGACGCGUGUAAGACAGAAAAAGAAGACGAUGAACGAAGGAGCGCUGACCGGCCUUCGGGCGGACAUGAAGACCAGCCGCAACUGCCUCAUCUCCGCCAUAGCCAUGGUCAUGAUAGUCGGGGUUGCGAUGAGCAUGGAGAUGAAAUUGAAGAAGGGGGGACUCAUCACUGCCCUGUAAUUCAGUCUGGUGCAGCGAGAGAGAGUGCGCCAAUUGUACCACAGGGGUCUUCUGCUGUCAAUCGAGAGGAGGAGGAGGAGGAGGGGGAGGAGGACAGUUGUCAGCCUGAACACAGAGGAGGAGAUGGGAAUGGGAUGAAGAAAAGACGAGAGGCAGUCAAGGACGAGAAGGGAGGAGGUAGCGGGAGAGAAGCAGGAAGCGGAGGUGGAGGGGCAGAGGAGUUGGACGAACUAGGAGGGGCAACAACAGAACCAGCAGCAGCAGCAGCAGCAGCAGGAGGAGGAGGAGGAGGAGGAGGAGGAGGAAGAGGAGGAGGAGAUAAAGAAACAUGUAAGUCUGACUACCGCGACCGUGUGGAAAAAGCAAUCGGAGGAGGGGGAAGAGGAGAAGACAACGAUGAUGAUGGUGGUGGUGACGGCGACGAUGAUGAUGGUGAUGAUUAUGACGAUCAACGGCCAUCGCUAUCGCCAUUAAUGGCUGCUGCAGCGAGAGGGAGUGUACCAAUCGUACAACUACUGCUGGACAGCGGUGCGGAGAUUCAUCGUGUUGAUUUGGACGGCCGUGAUGCGUUGAUGUAUGCGGCAAGCAGAGGUCAAUUGGCAACCGUAGAUUUGCUGCUGGAAAGGGGAGCAAAUCCUCGGCGGAGAACAUUUCCUAGAGUGAGGAGGAGGAGGGUAAGAAGAAGGGAGCAUGAGAAGGAGAAGGAGGUGGUGAACGAAGCGCAGGCUACAAUGCAGGAUUCACCCUCCUCCAGGGAUGAAAGAUGUCAGACUUGUCAGACUUGGCAGAGUGGUCAGAAUGGACCUGCAGGCAUCACCACUGGACACAGAGGAGAUCCUGUAAAGAUUGGGUACACGGCUGUUAUGUACGCUUGUGAAAGGGGUGUAGAGGGGGUUGUCAGAUCCCUACUCAAGGCCGGAGGGGAUCCCAUUGGACUUCACGAAAGCGGCGAAGGGGAGGGCUAUGGGGAACCUGUUGGCUAUGGCUGUGUCAGCAGCGAAGAAGGAAGGAAAGGUGGCGAUGUCGACGUGCACCGCUGUGUGAAUGAGGGAAACAUGGGAGAAGAGCCCCCAAGCCUGUCGGCUGCUGACGAGACCCCAAUAGAGAUCGCAGUAAAGGCGGGGCAUCGGGGAGUGGCAAAUAUUCUGAAAAUGAAAAUUGAAGAGAGGCAGAGAAAGGUUGACAAAGCGAAUUGGACUGCCGUCGAUGCUAUUAAUUGGCUGGUGAUCAAAGGUCUUCCGCAAUAUAUCGACCUUUUCCGGUCGGCAAAGGUCACAGGUGCUUUGCUGACGGAUAGAGAAAUAAGUGGUGGUCUUAUGAAAUUCCCCGCACGCUUUCUGUGCUGGGCAAUAAGGAUCGCGAACACCAAUUGCUCCUCCGCAGAAGAUGGGCACCCAAGCCAUCCGCUUCCUGGAUUUACUUUGGACGCAAACUCUUCUAGUGGUCAGCUAUGGCGGCGGUCAGGGGCACGGGCAUCCUCAUCCUCAUCCUCAUCAUCAUCCUCAUCAUCAUCAUCAUCAUCAUCAUCAUCAUCAUCAGGCAUUGAUCCCUCCUCUUCUAGUGGCGACAAGCAAUUGGCUAUGGCCGCCGCGAGCACAUGCGAGAAGCGGAAGAAUGAAGCGUCCAGAAUAGUGGAUGUGUUGCUGGAGGGGAGCGGGCAUGAGAGAGUGGACGAAAGCAUGACUGAAGAAGAGAGGGGUGGGAGAAAGAAGACAACCACCAGAGUAACAGCCUGUGCUGCUGCCUCUCCUGAGCAAAGCCAUGUGAUUGAGAGGUCUGGCCUGAGCCUUAUCGUUGAUAGUGCGAUGGCGUUUGUUCAAGCCAUGAAACAUAGAGAGUGGGACUGCGCGAAUUUGGUAAUCAGCAGGGCAAAGGACUGGAGCGUGGCUCGGGAAGUGUUGUGGGAGAGAAGAGGUGGUGGAUCCUUGCCGGAGAAGAUCACUCCGCUGGAGGUGUUGGACAUCACAAGCCGCAUGGAGGUGGGAGAGGGAGGAGAGGUGGUUUCCGGCGAUGCGGCAAAGGAAAAGAAAGCCAUGGCCAAACUUCUAGAACAGAUCACACAAAAGGCGCAGAAAAGAGUUAAAGAAGAGCUUACCGAAAAGCUUAAGCGCAAUUGGAUGGCGGAUGAGGUAGCCAGCUGGCUGUCGUUGAUUGGUCUUCGCUCUUACAUCAGGGUGUUCAGGGAGUCUGGAGUGAACGGUGAACUGCUCCAGGAUCUCCUCAACAAGAUUGACGAUGUUCAAGGAACAAACCCCAGAGGUGUUCACGCUAAGGCCCACAGAGGCAGAGGCGACAAGUUUGACAACAGCAGCAAGUGGUCAUCCAUUACACAGCAGGACCUAAGUCCCAUAGCCAUCAUUCAGUGGGCUCUCACUGGCGCGAGAAAUGCCCACGCAAGGAUCAUCAAGUUCAUGAUCAAGGAGAAAACCCUCUCGAAGACCUUGAGGGAAUAUGGACUUCAUAACCCCUUCCGGCGAAGCAUUGUCCCCGAAUUCGAAGGAAGAACUUUGAUUGAAAUUGCACGCGAAAAGGGGUUUCAACAAGUGGAGGAGGUGAUAGCCCCUGUGCUGAGGCGGCGUUUGCGAUCGAUUGGAAUGGAGAAAUGGACGGUGGAUGACGUUGCCACGUGGCUCGCGCUGAGCCAUCACGAUCAUCUGAUCGGGGCCUUUAGGGAGUCGAAGGUGUCUGGAAAAGAUCUAUGGCAUCUGAGUGAUGGGAACCUUGAAGUGGCUGGUGCACCUGUAGGAGAUCCGGCGUCGUCGUCCGUAGGAGUGCUUGAAGACCCCAAGUUGUUGCUUAAAUGGGGUUUAAAGAGGGGCUUAAGACCCCUGAUAAGGUACAUUUUGCAGUUCCUGAGGGACCCAGACUCCGCCGAAGGCCGCGCUGUGUGGGAGGUAGUCCACGAACCCAUACUCGGAGGGGAUGGGAAAGGAGGGGAUGCGGGGAAGAAGACCUUGUUACAAGCUCUGUUGGAGAAUGGUCGGCAAGCUGUCGACACUGUGAAGAUGGUUGCCUGCGCAGUCGCUCUGAGAUUGACCUCCAUCAAUCAGCAACUCUGGACCGUCGAUGAUGUGUCUAAUUGGUUGGUCUUGAUUGGUCAGGAAGACUGGAUAGCUGACAUGUUCAGAGAUGACAGAGUGGAUGGGAGCUCUGUCUUGGCCAUGCUGCAGUUUGCGAGGGCCAGCAAGGCAUCGAGGCACUUCGGGAUGUGCCAAAAAGCCAGUGCCAUGUCAGAUGCCAUAAUGGAUAAGCUUUGCCCUUCGUGCAACGGGGGGCGACGUGGAGCAGUCUCUCACUGCCACCCUUUCCAAGCAGCAAGACCGUCUGCAGGUUCAGGUGCAGGAACUGAACAAGGUCCAGGAAUUGGACCAGGUGCGGAGGGUGGUGCAGAAAACCUGUCCUCCAAGGACAGCGGGAGUGCAAGCCUCGAAGCGGACAGAGACUCUGACAGCGAGACGCAGUGCAAUUACACUUGCUGGAAAAAGAUCGCUGCACUCCCGCCUCCAGCUGAGACGGACGCGAAUCCGGAUCAACCGUUGGAUACGGACACAGUCAAUCUCCGGCGAAAUUCAAAUUCGGUGAAUUUUGUCCGACCGUUGCUGCGCUCAUCUUCCAAACGCUGGUGCAUCCCUUCGCUGAGGAUGAUCCUGGAAUGGGCGUUGCGAGAUCGACGGCCGAGAAUGAACCUUGUGCUCAGACUCAUAGAGACUCUGUCCGAGUCCGAUCUUCAUGCCUCAAUUAUAUCAGAUGCUGCUAACGAAGGAGGAUCGUACUUUCCUGAAAUGGAAAACGACACACAUCAGGGCCAAACAGACACUAACACUGGUAUUCCCCAGGACCAGUUGGUAUCCGGAUCCCUACACCGGCUGCAGGGGACCCCGAUCGAGAUAGUGCAUCACAGAAGCCUUCUCCCAGCUGUUGAAGCUCUGUCAAGAAAAUUGCGCAACCGCCUGAUAAAGGUUCCCUUGAGGCGCUGGGACGUUGAUGACGUGGCAAAUUGGGCAGUUCUGACAGGGCAACUCAGGCUGAGCAAGUCAUUGAGGGAAAGUGGCGUUGAUGGGAGAUCCAUAGCCAAUCUGAUCGAAUCGUCUUCAAUGAACUCAACUUGUGUCUUGGAGAGUCAACCUGAGCAUCCGAGCUGCCUCCACCUGAAGUCACUGUUUGAACCUCAAAUAUCCUGUGCGGAUCAGUCCCUGUGGGAUCUGGCCAACCUGAGGGAAGUGGUCUAUUGGUCAUUAAACAACGGCUUCUACCCCUUGCUGCUGACGCUCAUUGAGACGACGGAUGGGAGGGACAGCAAGAUACCCAAGGACCACAUUUCUCCAGUUGUAGACCAGGAUCAAAAAGAUACUGUGCCAGUACCAAAACCGCAGGCGCCAGGAAAAAGACCCGAUGAUGUCAGUGUGGAUUCAAAUUCCUCCGUCAGCUCUAGAGCGGCCCAGAAGGGGGGCAACCAAGGGGGGGGAAACACAGGGCGCGAGGGCGGAAUGCUCGACGUCCCACCACCAUUACAAUCCCUAUGGGCCACCUCCGAACGUACACAUACAAGUGCGACAAGUCACACAAACCAACCACAAGCCAUCCAUCACCUUCACGCAUUCAGUACAACUUCCAACACUGAGUCAGAACCGUCAAAGACACGUCAUCAACAACAACAGCAACAGCGACAACAACAAGAGGUGAGUCAACUGCAGCAGCAAGGAGGAGCUCAGGACUCAGAGGCAUUGAGGAUCUUGUUGGGCAUUACUCACGUUGGCAAGGGGAGUGGAGAGGAAGGUCUGUCUCCGGGGAGUUCGUGGUCCGAUCAAUGGGCACCCACAGCGUUAGAGGUGCUGGUGAACCGCAUUGGGAGAUCAGAUGAUGGCACCUCUCCUGCUCGAUUGAUUGGGAGCUUGAGAGACGCAGCUCUUCGGAGACUGAAGAGCCAUCCUAUCGAGCAAUGGACUGCAGCAGAUGUAGUGAACUGGCUUCUGGUCAGCGGGCGACAAGACUGGUCUUCGGCAUUCAGAAACUCGAUCAUUGAUGGAACAGGUUUGAAACUUCUUUUAGAGACCUUUCGGGUGAAAACCUCAGCCGGAAAGCAGACACCGGCAGAGCAACGCACAGUUACGGCAGGUACAAAUAUGGGCGCGCAGGUAGAUGAUGAUACCACUAAGUUUGCAAGAAGUCCUCCUCAGGAUGAGGGAACAAACCCCCCUGCAUCCAAAAGCCAACAAGAUAACUUCGUAGAGGAUGGAUUGCGCGACACAGGUGGUGUUCUCGCUUGGGCUAUGCAGGCUGGGUACAAAACCAUUGCCUUGAGCAUUUACGACUCUGUACCUGGUUGGGAAAGGAUGACUGGAUACCUGCUAGACGGCAACUGUACCGUGUUCAGCUGCGCAUCUGCCAACGGCAUCGUAGCCAUCAAACAGCGCAUACGGCCUGCCGUUGACCAACGAUUGUCCAACGUUCCUAUUGUUGACUGGACGACCGGCGAUGUCCUCAACUGGCUUUUCUGGGUUGGAAAAGGAGAGUGCGGGCAUGCAUUCCUCAAGGACGGAGUCUCGGGCAGAGAACUCAAGGGGAUCUUCAUGGACAAGCAGUUUGGCAGGUGGCCAGGUAAGGAGAGGGUCCUUCGAUGGGCUGCAGAGAGCAAUCACUGCGCUGUGCUGGGUUGUCUUCUGGACUUCCACGUGCUAAGCACGGGUCAGCAUGCUGCCAAUGCGACGAGGAAAAGGCGUGCGCCUGCUCACACACAAAACGAGAAGAGCACAGUCGUUGAGGAGGACGUGAGAGUGUCCGCCGCCGGUUUGCAACAAUCGGUGUUGCUGGAAACUGCCAAGUCAGGUAGUUACUUCAGGAAGCAGGAUAACGAGACGGCGACAUAUCCUCACAGUCUAAAUCGGCAUCUGGAUUACGAUGAUAGUUAUGGGAUCGAUUCGUCGACCUACACCGAAGAUGGGAAGCACACGGACGUUGGGGGUGUGGACAUGUCAUUGCAGGCGAGCGAUCUGCAAUCGUUCAAGGAAAAAGAGGAAGGAGAAGGAGAAGAGAAUCAGGAAUUAGCGGAAGAACUUAAAGGCAGAAAUGAGCAAGCAAUGGCCCAGGAAGAGGAAUUGCAGAAUGAGGAGAAGAAAGAGAAAAGGGAUGAGGAGUGGGGAAAGGGAGAGGAAGAGAAGAGGGAGAGAAUGAAGGAGGAAGAUGAAGAGAAGGAGGAGGAGGAGGAGGAGGAGGAGGAGGAGGAGGAGAAGGAGGAGAAGAAAACUGUACUUCUCUCAGAUAUGCUCAUGGUUGCCAGCUGGCAAGGACACGUGGAUGUCGUGAAAAUGCUGAUCGACAAAGCCGGAGCUGACGUCAACUGUCAGAACCAGAAUGGGUUCACAGCUUUAAUGCGUGCGGCGCUCAGGGGGCAUUUGAGUUUGACAGAGUUUCUUCUGCAGCGUGGAGCCAAUCCUAUGCUGCGUAAUAAUAAGGAUGCGAGUGCUUCUGAUAUUGCGCAAAAGAAACACGAGUGGAGGGUAUUCAAGGUAUUGGAGGAUGCAGAAAGGCGAAUGUUGGCCACACAGCCAUGAAGAGUCAGGUUCCACGAAUCUGUAUUGCAUCACGAUUCCCGUCCUUCAACCUCACUUCCAGACUUCCAGUCAUUUCAUAUUGUACCAACGUUGACACGCCACUGACUCCAGCAACUUCCCUCUGUUCACUAUCGGCCAACCACAAUUACCAUUCCCUCGGCAUUCGGAGCUUGUUACUUGUGGAUGAAAAAGUUCGGGUUUUUAACUUUUUAUGCUCACCAUUCCCUCGGCAUUCGGAGCUUGUUACUUGUGGAUGAAAAAGUUCGGUUUUUUAACUUUUUAUGCUCACCUGCAUUUUUAACCCAUUUCGUGAAUUUGUGAACUUGUGACUUGCAGUUGAAAAAGUUCAAGUCUUUAAGCCCAACUGUGUUUUUAAUUGCAGAUACAAGUGGGAGGAUGUGGAAAGACACAAGCUUGAGAGUCGAUGAGACACCCUCCAACUACGCAACUAGAUAGCUCAAGCAACUGUUUUGCUUACAAGAUACGAUUUUGGAGAUGCGGGGCGAAACACUUCAACACUUGGAACUUCCAACUCCAGGAUUCAAUCAACAUCGACUAUUUUUCUGAUAAAACAAGUUUAAUCAC